AUGAGCAGUAACAAGUUUUAAUCUGGCCCCUCAGUCCUACGCCGCUAAUCUGUGGAGGCAGCUUAUUCCAGUGUCAGCCAGGGUGUAGCCACACCACUCUCGAGCGGAGUGCCGCCCGCCUGCCGGGACACUUCUCACCUCUCCUUCGGCAGCACCUGGAGCAGCAAGACACGGCAGGGAAGGAGUACAUGCUGGGGGCUUCGACCCUCAGGACGGACUCCCUCCUGACGAGUCCUAGGUUGGCCCCCUACACGAGAUAACAUGAAGGAGUGCGUGCUCCUAGCGCUCUUGGCUUUAUGCUCUGCCAAGCCCUCAUUUCACCCUUCGUACGUGACGCUAAAGAACAUGAUGCUGAAGGACGUGGAAGAUGGAGUGGAUGGUGACCCUGAUGAUGACAACUCUCUUUUUCCAACAAGAGAGCCAGUUAACCCCUUUUUCCCUUUUGAUCUGUUUCCAACAUGUCCAUUUGGGUGCCAAUGCUACUCGAGAGUUGUACACUGCUCCGAUCUAGGUUUGUCCUCCGUCCCAAGCAACAUUCCAUUUGAUACUCAAAUGGUUGACCUUCAAAACAAUAAAAUUAAGGAAAUCAAAGAAAAUGAUUUUAAAGGACUCACUUCACUUUACGCUUUGAUCCUGAACAACAAUAAGCUAACAAAGAUUCACCCAAAAGCUUUUCUAACCACAAAGAAGUUGAGAAGGCUCUAUCUGUCCCACAAUCAACUAAGUGAAAUACCAUUUAACCUUCCCAAGUCACUAGCAGAACUCAGAAUUCAUGAUAACAAAGUUAAGAAAAUACAAAAGGAGACAUUCAAAGGAAUGAAUACUUUACAUGUUCUAGAAAUGAGUGCAAACCCUCUCGAUAAUAAUGGGAUUGAACCAGGGGCAUUUGAAGGAGUGACAGUGUUCCAUAUCAGAAUUGCAGAAGCAAAACUGACCUCUGUUCCUAAAGAUCUACCAUCAACUUUACUGGAGCUUCAUUUAGACUAUAAUAAAAUUUCAACAGUGGAACUCGAGGAUUUUAAACGAUACAAAGACCUGCAAAGGCUGGGCCUAGGAAACAACAGAAUCACAGACAUCGAAAAUGGAAGUCUUGCUAACAUACCACGAGUAAGAGAAAUACAUUUGGAAAACAACAAACUAAAAAAAAUCCCUCCAGGAUUACAGGAGUUGAAAUACCUCCAGGUAAAACAUUCUUCCACUUGUGUUUUGUAGAGACUAGUACUUUCCUUUGCUUCUGUGAGA